AUGGUUCGUAUAAGUAACUUCAUUGUGGGGUUCUUGAACUGUCUAUCUCUUCUCUUAGGCCUCGUGGCCAUCGCCAUGUCGGUUUAUUUCUACGUGCAUGGCAUUGGCAGUUCACAAUGCGAGAAAGCCCUGGAGAAUCCAUUGCUCAUAACGGGUAUCGUCUUACUCGUCGUUUCUCUGCUGGGGUUGAUCGGUUCUUGCUGCAGGCUUAACGCUUUCUUGUUUCUUUACCUAACCGCUAUGUUUUGUUUGAUGAUUGGGCUUCUGGGAUUCACUGUGUUCACAUUCAUGGUGACAAAUAAUGGCGUGGGGAAGACGUUUUCGAAUAAAGGAGUUAGCAAAAUAAGGACUUGGGAUUUUGCUAACUGGUUGGAGAAUCAUUUUGUGAAGGGGAAGAAAUGGGAUGAUAUUAGGAGCUGUUUGAGAGAAUCUGAGAUUUGUCGAACCUCCAAUUUUUAUAAGAAGAAUCUGUCUCUCAUUCAGUCCGGUUGCUGCAAGCCACCAUCUGAAUGUGGGAUCGAGCAGAAAGGUGCAACAACGUGGGCAGCUCCCAAAGAAGGCAAAGCCACGAAUAACAGCGACUGCAAUACAUGGAACAACCAGCAAAAUAAAUUAUGUUACGACUGCAAUGCAUGCAAGGAAGGAUUUCUGAUGAACAUCAAGAAGCAGUGGAGAUAUUUGGCUGUAUUCAACCUUUGUGCUCUAGUACUGGUGAUUCUCAGCUACGGAUUUGGUAGCUGUGCCAUGAAGAACAAUAGGAAAAAUAAGAGGUCUGGUUUCAAAACAGGGGUUGAUCAACUUAAUCAAUUGAGAGAUAUUUUUGCAAGAUUUGACAUGGAUUCGGAUGGCAGCCUGACGAUUCUGGAGCUGGCGGCAUUGUUAAGAUCCUUAGGAUUGAAGCCUUCGGGUGACCAGGUUCAUGUUUUGUUAGCCAACAUGGAUGUUAAUAGGAAUGGCUCGGUGGAAUUUGAUGAAUUGGUGAAUGCAAUAUUGCCUGACAUGAAUGAAACAAUGUUGGUGAAUCAAGAGCACCUUUUAGAGGUUUUCCGCGCCUUCGAUCGCGAUGGAAAUGGGUACAUUACUGCAGCUGAGCUUGCAGGGUCCAUGGCCAAGAUGGGACAACCUUUAACUUAUAAAGAGCUUACAGAAAUGAUCAAAGAGGCUGAUACAAAUGGUGAUGGUGUCAUUAGCUUCAAUGAAUUUGCUGCUGUCAUGGCUAAAUCUAAUUGUGAUGUCUUUGGCAUUGCGUUUUCGUGA